AUUACUGAACUACCGGAACCCCCCCUAACGCGAGAACAUCUCCGUUGAAGACGGGAAUUCACCGCGACUUUUACGCGUUGCAGAUUGUAGAACGCUGAUGGGCGCCACCGCUUCCUGAGGUUAAGAUGCGGUUCAAAACGGAGUUGAAAAACAUCCGUACCUUUUCAAAACUAGUCGCGGCGCUCAACUCCCUCGAGAAGAUCGCCUGGGUGCGCCUCGACGAUGACACCGCUCGAUUCACCGUGAUCCCGGACACGGGAUCCCAAGUCUGGGCCUCACUGUCGAUGGACCUGAUCUUCGAAAACUACCACAUCCAAUCCGCCGAGGCGAACAACACCAUCAACCUCGAGCUGCCCCUCGGCCCGCUCCAGCGAGCCCUAAAGUCCGCCCUCGGCAGCACGGCCGCCAGCCUCCGCCUGACCAAGCGGGACGGCAUCCCCGUUCUCUCCAUGACGAUCCACACCAACACCAAAGACACCGGCGCAACCACCACCGGUGGGGGCCAGUUCGGAGCCGGAGCCGGGGCAGGACGGGGCGGCGACGACGACGACGGCGGGCCGGACCCGUUCGGCGACGUGUUCCAGCAGGAGUCCCUGGAGCUGUCCCUGCGGCGGGGGCGUGAGAAGGUCAUCACGCAGGACAUGCCGGUGCGGGUCCUGCACCCCGACACGGUCGAGACCAUCAUGCAACCCAAGGUGCGUGAGCCCGACGUGCACAUCCAGCUGCCGCCCCUGCUGCAGCUCAAGGCCAUCUCGGACCGCUUCACGCGCCUCGCCGCCACCAGCACCUCCUUGGCCUCGGGGGCAGCAGGGAACAACAACAACACAUUUGCCCCCGGUGGGGGAGGAGGGCGAGCCGCCGCAUCCUUGUCCGCCUCGUCCCCGCGGCUCGAGCUCUCGGCGAACAUGCACGGCGGCCUGCGCCUGCGGAUCGCGACGCCCUCGCUGGACGUGACGUCGACGUGGGGCGGCCUGGAGAACCCGGAGCUGGACCCGGCGCAGCUGUCGGUGCCGCUGGCCGAGCACCCUUCGACGCGGUUCCGCGACGCGGGGCCCGACGCCUGGGCGACCGUGCGCGUUGACGGCCGCGACUGGAGCAGGGUCCUCAGCGUGGGCCGGCUCGAGGGCCGCGUCAUUGCCUGCUUCGCCGACGACCACGCGCUCAUACUCUAUGUUUAUGUGCCGCAGUAUGACGAUGCUUCGGCUGAGGACUCGGUUGUUACGUAUUAUGUCUCGUCUUAUAGUUUGUAAUCUGACUGUAGAUACAUGAUGGACGGAGGUGGAGCUGCGGCUGGGGGCAUUGCUUCUUCACAUUUGCUGGUUGAAAUAAAGGAGCUUGAGAGCUAGCGUUAAAUUCUUGGGACCUGGGGCAUCGCUUGAUGUUAUGAUGUACAAAACUACACAAUUGCCCACUCAACAUAGAUAUGCACUCUUCGUAAUACACUAGAAGUAAGACAUUCGUUUGUUUGUUCGGUGUCGUCUGUCCUAGUUUCUUAUCUACUCCGAGAUCCCCAGUUUUGUAACCGGAUAAUAUGAACCCAGGAGCAGGACGCCGGUGUCGGUUUCCUCAUGAUGAUGAUAGACAGGGAUUAUUACAAAAGCAGGUAUUGUACUGUACAGUAUAGCAAUGGGUCAGCAAU